AUGAUAAUUUUGAGUAAUCGACACUUACGUUUAUUAUUUUGCACGUUGCUGAUGACUGAACUUUUUCGGCGGUUUCUUUAUGUACUUUUGAAUGGCAGGGUCAGGUCCUACAGCAAAGUCGAAGAGCAGAGCACGGAAGAAGUUGAACAAGUAGUCGAAUGUCGGCCGAGACUCCGGUUCAUAGCUAACACACAUGAAGAGCAACUCUUCAAGAAACGUGUCCAUUUCUUCCUCUUGAACUAUCACCAUCUUCUCCUUUCUAUCGAAAAUUGCUUGUAAACUCAUCUAAAAAGUGAUAUGGAACCAGAUAGUCGGUGAUUUUAACGGCAUAAAUGUAGUUUGUUGACUGAUUGACUAUGAUGUUUGAUGCUCGCAGGUGACGAUGACACAAUCCGUUCAGCUCCAGAAAUCGCAUCCCCGCACUGACCUGAUACAAAAUCUCCGACUUUUGUCUUAGUGACAUGAACUGGUUCAGAUAUUUUCGCCGCUGAAGGCAUCUGUCCAGAGGAGUGCCAGCAAUGAACUCGUACGCGACCCAAUUCGCAAAUUUCACAUCCUCAUGGUAACCGUAAGCGACAAUGUGAGACAGAAAAUUGGAACCGUUCCUGUGGCAACCCGGUUGAGCUUUCGUCAGGUUGGCUCUACUCUUCUCCUCGAUGUCGGUCAGCCGUUUUAUGUUUUUCUCGAAUGCCUUCCUAUUGA